AUGCUGCAGGUGGGACUCUGGAGGCACACCGGAGCUUGGAGGGGCCGGGAAGGAGCACCUUACAGCACGCUGGUGCCAUCUGAUGAAGUAACUAUUAAUUACAGACACGGUCUUCCUGUGAUAACUCUUACGCUGCCCACAAGAAAUGAACGCUGUCAGUUCACUGUCAAGCCAGUAGUGACCACUGUAGGAGCAUUCCUGCAGGAUGUGCAAAGAGAAGAUAAAGGAAUUGAGAGAGCUGAAGUCUUUGCAACAGAUGGUACCAAGGUCUCUCAUGCAACCUUGAUGGAGGUCUUACUGACGAAUGACUUUAAGCUUGUUAUCAACAACACAGGAUACAGUGUGUCACCUCCUGUAAAAGAUAAGCUGAGUAGUGAGCAUGCUACUGAAAUGGAAGACAUCAAAUCCUUGGUUCACAGACUGUAUGUGGCUCUACAUUUAGAAGAUCACCAGAUCAGGAAAGAGAGAGAAUUGCUACAGAAACUGGACCAUCUGAAAGGAGAGCUGCUGCCUCUUGAACAGAUGAAAGCCAGAAUCAUGGACAGUGCAGAUGCAAAAACCUCCAGGCUUUUAUGGGUUGGCCUAGCUCUGAUGUCAACUCAGGGGGGAGCGCUGGCGUGGCUGACGUGGUGGGUCUACUCGUGGGACAUCAUGGAGCCAGUCACAUACUUCAUCACCUACGGGAGUGCCAUGGCUUUCUACGCCUACUUUGUUCUUACCAAGCAGGACUACGUUUAUCCUCAAGCUAAGGACAGGCAGCUCCUCCACUACUUCUACCGCAAAUCCAAAAAGCAGCGGUUUAAUGUGGAGCGAUACAACAAACUCAAAGACGACCUAGCAGAGGCAGAAGAAUCCCUAAGGCGUCUGCGCCAACCCCUGCACCUGAGGCUUCCCAUCCAGGAAAUCAGUGACAAGGACUGACUUUGGUUUUGUGCAUAUUGGAGAUGCCCUUUCAAAGCUGAUACAAACAUUUAGUUACUCCAUAACACCUCUGGGUAUUUUUGACCACUAAAGUUUUAAAAGUUGCAAUAAACACCUUUAAAAAU